GCUUCACGAUCGGGGCUAUUACGUGUCCGAAAAGAGCCUGGAAGAAAAGAAGGAAGAGUUCGAAAAGGUGUGGAAGGAGGCGCAGGAUCAAGGUGCUGGUCGCGAAAGGUUCCUCAUCCUCGUGAACCACACAAACCAAACCGAUAAGCAGCUCAUAGUCUUCUUUCCCGAUGAGAGCAAGCGCGUCGGUGUGAAACCCAUCAGGAUACUCGCAGAAAAAAUGGAUGAGAGAAAGAUCAGAGAAGCGAUUCUGGUGGUCAAGCAGCCGCUGACGCCGCUUGCGAGGACAGCCAUCCAGGAAGCAAGUGUGAAGAUGAGGAUUGAAGUCUUCCAUGAGAACGAGCUGAUUGUAAACAUCACGCAGCAUGAGCUGGUCCCACAGCACGUUGCGCUUUCCGAUGAAGAGAAGCAACAGCUUCUGAACAGGUACAAGAUGAAGCCUUCCCAGCUUCCACGCAUUCAGGUCACAGACCCCGUUGCAAGGUACUUCGGGAUGCAACGCGACCAGGUCAUGAAGAUCAUCAGGCCAUCAGAGACGGCCGGGCGAUAUGUGACAUACAGGCGCUCGUGGUUUGAUGCAAAAGAAAAUGUUGCAGAGGCAGAUGGGUUCGCCGGUCGCAUGCUGAUCUCGGGCAUGGCCGUGUCCAGAGUCCGAGCCUGCAGGGCGGAUUGCCAAGAAGGCAGCAAGUCAAGUGAGCAGGUGCCUUCACGAGGUUGGGGGUUGGGAAGAUGGGCGGUCAGGCUGUUGGGUUUCGAUGCCUUCUUCUGGCUGACUCGCAAGAUGGCAGAUGCCAGGUCUGUGCAGGCCCCUGAGCUUCACUCGGUGCUGGACGUACAUGGUUUCCAGUUGUUCUUCUGCCCAGUCUUUAACGCUGACCCUCAUCCCGGCAACAUCUUGAUGAUGCCGGAUGGUCGCAUUGGCCUCAUCGACUUUGGACAGUGCCGCAGGUUAUCCUCAGAGGAGAAGGCGGCAUCCAGUGGACAGCCACCCCAGCCAGAGGGGGAUGCUGCAAAUGCUUCACGGCCGCUGGCGGAGUUGACCCAGUUCCGGACAAGGCAGGGGAACUUAAUGCUGUUCGCGCCUCAGCCCAUGGACACUUGGAUCGGGAAAGAGGUUCUCGAAGACCAGAGUGCCGGGGGAUACAGAGAUGUUGCCACAGGAAAACCACUUUCCAGGAAGCUCGCUGCAUCAUAUAUGGCCUUCUGCAAACGACACACCAGACGAUGCCGUAUGGGGGACGUGGUGGACAAGUACAUCCGCUUGGUGGAUAAGUACCAGCCAAAGGUGUUCGCUGAAGCACGCAUAUACGUGGCCCGUUUUCCUGAAGAGGCGGGGGACCUGUUCAAACAGAUCAAGAAAGUCCGCAAGCAGAUCCGCAAAACGCGGGGGGGACGACGACAGACAAGACAAACAACUCCCAGCAGCUCGGGGGAAGCCGCUGCACUGGAGACUGGUUCAGACGCUCCACAAGGCAGGGGAACAGACCGUGGCAAGGCCCAGGGGGAAGAGCCAACAGCAAUGACAAGACCCGGGCAUGUGACAAAGGAGGACGCAGACACAGUCAGUGAGAGAAGGAAGGGCAUGAGCGCGGACACGCCGCCUGACUGGGGGGACAGUUCUAAUGACGACGCUGCACCGACCUACGAGUGGCCAUGGGGGACGCCGGUCGCCCGUCCGAUCGGGGUGACAGCCCGAGCCACCUUGCGGUUCGACCGAACGAGCCAAAGGCGAAGGGACGUCUCCAACUAG